GGUCAUCGUGGCAAUCUAAUUUUCUAUCAGUGAGAGUCAGCUCCUAACUUGUAGAGAAGCAGGUGAGCCAUCUGAGACUUACGCGUCCAAUUCUGUGGCAGAUACCGCUGAUAAACCCGAGCUCUAUCUAUGCAAAGCCUAGGCUAAGGAGGAGCAUGAAGAGAUCGAGGAAUGGCAGCAGUAGAGUGGUAUAAAGAUGAAGCUAGAAUACAAUGCCAGGAAGACCGAGACGAGGAUAUGUAUGAUACCUACAUUUUUGGCCUUUGAUCAGGAGAAAAAGAAAACAACAGUUAUAGCACGGAUUUUAACUGCAAGACAAGCUUAGGCAUCGAGCAUCAGACAAGACCCGGAAAGCCUCCUGCAUCAGCCAGCCUCGUAGUGGUGGCGGUCUCCAUGUACCUUACGGUCUCAAUUGAGAGGCAAAUCGGAAGGUUGUUAGCAACUCCCAUCUGAACAGCCAAAUAUUUGUUUGCCCCUCUAGAAGGCGAAGGAUUGGAUGAAAAAGAUCAGUUUUGGCACCCUAGUCAACAUCUACAUUAGCGCGAGCGCGCGAGUAGAACAAACGGCGUAUUGCGAGCGGUAGAUGCCAACCAUGUGGGAUGGAUGAAGAUUCUUGCGGGUCGGACGAUGAUGACCCAGUGUCUUUUCUUUUCGUUUCCUUCUUUCCCUUUAUUUGUUUCCUGCAUUUUAUUUUAUAUUAUAUCUUAUUAUCUCUCUCUCUCUCUCUCUGUCUGUGUGUGUGGGGGGUGUCUCUUUUCUACCCAAGAGGUCAACAUCAGUUGUGAUCAAGAUGAUGCUUCAAUGAACCAAAAGUCAGCCCGUGACCAAUGUCAUCUGACCCAAUGCAGUAAAGAAAAGCGAUUCCAGAGUCAGCAUUUCUUCCACCC